GAAUAAAGCACACACAGCGAACAGGAAGUACCAAUGCCGGCGGAGGGAAAUAAAGUGUUGGGAUGUCAUCGGUGACAGAAUGGGCCUCUCGCUUGAUCGGGGUUUGGGGACAUGCAGCGACGGUGCAUCGGGGGGGAGGGGGGGAAGGGGGGGGGGGCGUUACAUAAUGUGUGUGCGGCGGCGUGCCCUGGGGUGACGCCCGUGUCAAAAGGGUGACGUGUGAUCAUGGAGGGAGGACCAGAUAGGGGAAGAUUAAUGUGAGGGGAAAUCAGAAGGGUGUGUGGGGGUGGAGGCAGGAGAUGCACCUGAAGGGCUUGAGACUCCGACCACCUCACAGUGAGGGUCACUCCGCAGGCUGUGCCACACAGGGUUACAGUAAGGAGCAAAAAGUGGCAGGUGGCGGCAGCAGUAGCAGCAAGCUUAACGUCGAAGGGGAGGCCGGACGGGUAUGGCAGGCCGCGGGUUGGUGCUGGGAUGGGGUCCGAGGAGCAGGGAAGACUCACCCUUUCUAGAAAAGCUGUGGCCAGCCGUGCUGGCAGGCGCGGCCAGUGGACGUGGCCUGCUGGUGGACAGCCACGUGCUACACACCCUGCUGAACGGCUAUGCCCGAGACUGCCUCAGCUCCCGCCGGCGCCGCGACGAGCUGGCUGACGCCUUCACUACCCUGGUGGAGGCCGACGAGGACCCACCGGUUGCCGCCUCCGCCCUGCUGACGGCGGCGCUGGAUUACCACGCGGGGAGCCUUGCCGAUAACGGCGGAGUGUGUCGCCUCGGCAAGUUCCAUAAUAUCCUGUAUGUGGCAGCGGCCGUGGCGAUGCAGCAGGAGGCAGCAGAUAGCGCGGUGGUGGCACGGCUGCUAGCGGCCUUGCAUGCCUGUGAAGGCGGCCUGGACCGCCUGGUGGCACCCGCCGUGCUGGGCCCACGGGUGUCGCGACUCCUCAGCUCAUGGAGGCCAGACGACGACACGCCCGAGCAAGCACGUCUUCGUCUUGUCUUUUUCCUGGACCACGCCCGCACCGCACGCCUCAGCCUGCCCCAGCCCGCCGGACCCCCACUGACUCCUCUUCUAUCGCCCCUGCCUACCUUGCAAGGUGCGUCGCCUCUUUACGCUGCCGUGCAGGCCGGAGACAAAGAGGCGGUGCUGCUGCUGCUUCAGCAUGGGGCGCCGCCAGCUACAGGCGGGGUCAUGUGUCCACUCCUGUUAUCGCUACGGCGGCUUUCAACCCUGGCGCGGGCGUGCAUGGGGCAGCGAGAUCCCUGCUCCUGUCCCGCGGCCCUGUGCCCCUGCUUUUUUAGUCAUCCCGUCACCUUCCCCGCCCAAGAGGUGAGCGUGCUGCGAUUGCUGCUGCGGGCAACGGGGGACCGCUUCCUGCCAUAUGACCCUGAGGUUCUACACCCCCGCGUAGUGACCGCUGGCCUGCUGGGCGGUCCGCCCUCCCUCGCCCACUGGGCACGGUUUAGCCUCCGGCGGUCACUCGCCGCACUCUGGGCUCUGCCGAACGGCACCGCAGCCUUGCCAGUGCCCCCUACAAUGCUACCGUACCUUAAUCUCCUUCAUGACUGAAUUGAAGCCCCGCUCCCCAGCAACUGCUUUGAUAUGGCCGCUCGGUACUGAGUGUAGGGUCACGGGCCAAGUCAAAGUACCCCGAACGAUGGUGUCAGGAUUAAACAAAUGCAACCCGCCCCUCCUGGUGGAUACCGCACUUUGGCGCGUAUUCUGUGUCGCAGCGUCAGGCUGGCGUAUUGCUGCAACACAGCGCAGUGCACCGCCAGGAACAUGAAAAAAAAUAGUAAAACAAUAAAAUUUAUGGAUA